AUGCCGCCUAAACAUCGCAGUGGAGAUCAAGAUCUAGCUUUCCAGCCAGAUGAUCAGAUUCACCCUCCUAGGUUUGACGACAGGCACGAGGAGAGAGCCUACUUGAAGCAUCGAUUGACAUUGACAUUUCGGAUCUUCGCCAACCAUGGGUUUUCUGAAGGCCUCACUGGCCACAUUACCGUUCGAGAUCCAGUAGAGCCAGAGACGUUCUGGGUCAAUCCGAGGAUCCGGGUGGACCAUGACGGCAAGGUUGUAGAUGGUGGUAGGAACCGAAAGUUGAAUCAAGCUGCAUUUGCAAUUCACUCCGAGAUUCACAAAGCACGACCGGACGUCAUUUGUGCUGCUCAUUCUCACAGCACGUAUGGUCGUGCUUUUUGCGCAACAGGUCGCACACUAGAUAUGUUAUCGCAAGACUUCUGCACCUUCUACCAAGACCAUGUACUAUACACUAACUUCGGCGGUCUCGUCUUGUCCACCGACGAAGGCAAAGCCAUCGCGAAGGCCCUGGGCGACAAAAAAGCAGCUCUGUUAGGCAACAAUGGGUUACUCACUGCUGGCCCUUCUAUUGAAGCGGCUGUUGCCUGGUUUGUGCUGUUGGAUAAGCUAUGUGAGAUACAGCUUGUUGCUGAUGCGAGCGCCGCGGGAACUGGUAAGCCUCUUGUCCAUAUUGGACAUGAAGAAGCUGCGUCUUCACACUACACUAUUGGAAGGCCUGAGGGAGGUUAUUUCGUUGAAAGGGAAUUUGGUGAAUCUACAUUUCUAGGUCGUGGUGUAGAGCCUUUGUGA